CCGCCAGUGCUGCCGCCGCCGCCUCUGUGCCCGCGCCCCGGAGAUGUCCUUCCCCCAGCUGGGCUACCCGCAGUAUCUCAGCGCCAGCCAGGCGGUGUACGGGAGCGACCGGCCCGGGGUGCUGGCCGCCGCCGCCGCAGCCGCCGCCGCCGCCGCUGCCGCCUCGGGCCGGCCCGCGGGCGCCGAGCUGGGCAGCGGCUCGGCCGCUGUCACCUCGGUGCUGGGCAUGUACGCCAGCCCCUACAGCGCCCCCAACUACAGCGCCUUCCUGCCCUACACCGCCGACCUCGGCCUCUUCUCCCAAAUGGGCUCCCAGUACGAGCUGAAAGAUAAUCCCGGUGUCCACCCUGCUACCUUUGCUGCCCACACUGCCCCCGCCUAUUAUCCCUACGGACAAUUCCAAUACGGGGACCCGGGGCGGCCCAAAAAUGCCACCCGGGAGAGCACCAGCACCCUCAAGGCCUGGCUCAACGAGCACCGCAAGAACCCCUACCCCACCAAGGGCGAGAAGAUCAUGCUGGCCAUCAUCACCAAGAUGACCCUCACCCAGGUCUCCACCUGGUUCGCCAACGCCCGCCGGCGGCUCAAGAAGGAGAACAAGGUGACCUGGGGCUCCAGGAGUAAGGACCAAGAAGAUGCGAACCUCUUUGGGAGUGACAAUGAGGGGGACCCUGAGAAGAAUGAAGAUGAUGAGGAAAUUGACCUGGAGAGCAUAGAUAUAGAUAAAAUCGAUGAGAAUGAUGGGGAGCAGAGCAAUGAGGAGGAGGAGGAGAAACCUGAGCUCCUGAGACAAAGCAGUGAAGAGGAGCACUUGGAAAAGGAGAAGGAUUUGGGACUGUCAGGGUCUGAAGGGCUGAAACCCAAAGAUGCACUGGCUAUAGUGAAGGAGGCCUCUGACAAUAGCACGAGAAUCAUCAGUCCUGGGGGACAAAACAAUUUACAGAUGCCAUCUCACAGCAAACCCAAGAUUUGGUCUUUGGCAGAGACGGCAACCAGUCCUGAUGGUGCCCUGAAAUCUUCUCCUCCUCCGCCCCCUCCUCCCCAGGUUAACCAUACUUCUCCUCAGAUUCAGCAUCCUGCUUUUCUCCCUAGCCAUGGACUCUACACAUGCCAGAUUGGCAAAUUUCACAACUGGACAAAUGGGGCUUUCCUCACUCAGAGUUCCCUUCUAAAUGUGAGGUCCUUUUUGGGAGUAAAUCACCACCAUGCUGCUCAUCACAAUCACCACCUCCAGGCCCAGCAACAAUCUUCUGUUUUAACAGCAACCCUGGGAGCCCUAAACAGCGACAAACCUUCAGAGAGGACCAGUCCCAAACACAUAGAAAGAGAAAAUGUACCAAGAACUGACUCCCCACCCCAGCCGCUAAAAUCGCCCUUCCAGCCUGUCCGUGACAACUCUUUGGCUCAGCAAGAGGGAACACCGAGAAUUUUAACAGCUCUCCCUUCUGCUUGAUUAAAUGAUUUGGUGAAAAAAUAUUACAGAGACUGGUAUUAAGGACAGAGAGAGUGAAAAAAAAGGAAACGGUAUAAACGACUCCCAUCAAUCUCUUUUUGCAAUAAGGUGGUGCAAAUCCAUAAAAGCAUUACACAAAUCUGUAGAUGGAUCCCCUUCCUCAUUGUACCAUUUCAGAUCGUGUUAUUCUAACCAUUCUUGGAUUAUUUGUUUGGUAAAUGUUUCCCAUGUGUUUGUGGUUUUCUUUUUUCUGUAUAUAGAGUGAUUUCAGAUUGUAAAUAACACGUCAGCAAAACUUGUCUAAAUCAUAUAUUUUUGUCUAAUAAACUAAAUGAAAUUA